AUGCCUAAAGCUGCAAGUCGUCCACGAUUAUUGAAACCAAAAAGUGUGACAUGUUUAAAACCACAACCAACUAAGCGUGAAAAACAAUUAAAGGAAUUAGGACUUGUAAAAGAAACACCUAAACAAGUAGUUGUUAGUCCUAUUGAUGAGUCGUAUAAGUAUUUUGCUGAUAAUCCUAAUUUAGGUCCUCCUUAUCAUCUUCUUCUUGAUACUAACUUUAUUCAAUUUUCAAUAGGUAAGAAAGUUGAUAUUUUUGAGGGUGCAAUGAGAUGCUUAUUGGCUAAAGUUAUUCCUUGCAUCACUGAUUGUGUUAUGGCUGAAUUAGAAUUACUUGGAAAGAAAUUUCAAAUGGCAUUAAAGAUUGCUCGUGAUCCUCGUUUUAAGAGACUGACUUGUGACCACAAAGGUCAUUAUGGAGAUGAUUGUAUUGUACAAAGAGUAACAGCACAUAGAAUAUAUAUUGUAUGUACUUGUGAUAAGGACUUAAAACGUCGUUUAAGAAAGAUUCCAGGUGUACCAUUAAUGACUGUGGGUAAUCAUAAAUUUGAUAUAGAAAAACUUCCUCGUCGUCUCUAA